AUGUGCAUGGGACAGAUCAUAUUCCGGAUAAACUACGAGCAACUGUUCAUUGUUGGAAGAAAACAUGUCCAUGUGUGUGUCGAAAAUGGCGUCGUUUCCUAAAAUGGCGUUGAUAUUAAUAACAUUAUCAAUUCUUUCAAGGGAUUUAACAAACGCAGUUACUAGCCCAGGAACAGUAUCAACACAAGGAGCAGCAACACGUGAUAUAACAAACUUAAAACCCAACUCCGAGCCUGCGGUCACAACGCUAUAUGGCAACUCAACCGAGGCAAUUACAGCGACUUCGGGUUCGUUAGAAACAAUGGCCGACCAAACGGAUGCAACUAAUGUGACUGAAAUUGUAACGGAAUUUGUAACAGAAUAUUAUACCAUUAAUACCACUGAGGUCGCAACUGAGGAGAGCAGCAUAAACACCACCGAGACAUAUACAGAAUUCAUCACUGAAAUUCAAACGGUUACCGAAGUCGCAACUGAAUUAAGUACCAUCGACACAACAGAGGAGAGUACUAUGAACAACACCGAGACAUAUACAGAAUUCGUCACUGAAAUUCAAACGGUUACCGAAGUCGCAACUGAAUUAAGUACCAUCGAUACAACAGAGAUAGUCAGUGAAAUCGUGACGAUGUAUUCCACUGAUAUCAUAACGGAUAAAGUGACAGUUGAUACGACAGAGAUCCCCACAACUAGCUUGCCCAGUGGAACGGAUUAUGUUACUGAGGUGACUUCAGAGACGGACUUUAUGCCUACGGACACAUUUAUGACGACAGUUGAGGAAUCAUCUAACCCGGUCACUACCAGAAUCUCCAACGUGACUGUUAACCAAACCUUUGAGACAACUGAAGCAACCACGACAGAACUCACUACCGUAUUUGAAGCGACACCAGAUGACACAACCUCGCUUUCGACCGUCAACUCCACCGGCGCCACUGCUUCUCCACGAUCGACCAAUUCAAUAUCUACAGGGGUCACCACGCCGGUAGAAGGAUCAACCUCGGCCCGGAUGACUACUUCUGAAGCAAUCAUCACGACAGAUCUCACUACCGUAUCUGACGCGACACCAGAUAAAACAACCUCACUUUCGACCGUCCACUCCACCGGCGCCACUGCUUCUCCACGAUCGACCAAUUCAAUAUCUACAGGGGUCACCACGCCGGUAGAAGGAUCAACCUCGGCCCUGAUGACAACUUCUGAAGCAAUAAUCACGACAGAUCUCACUACCGUAUCUGAAACGACACCAGAUAAAGCAACCUCGCUUUCGACCGUCCACUCCACCGGCACUACUGCUUCACCAGCAUCGACCAAUCCAAUAUCUACCGGGGUCACCACGCCGGUAGAACCAACCUCGGCCCUGAUGACCAGGAUGACUACUUCUGAAGCAAGAACGACCGAAUCAUUCUCGACAGGUGUGACCACUGCGUCUGCAUCUACGUCUGUAGAAAGAACAACAACAGCUACAACCACGGUUCCGACGACGGCAACUACCGAUGUAACGACAACAGAAUCAUUUACCACAGAAAUAUGGUCUACCACACCUGCAUCCACGUCAAUAAAAGUUACAACCACGUCUCAGACAACUGCCCCAAUCGCCCUAACAACGAUAACUGCUUAUCCGACAUCAAUCCCGCCAAAAAGAACGACCUUCCAGUCGACCACCACUUCCAUGACUACCACUGAUUCAGCAACGACUGCAAUGUUUUCGACAAGGGUUACAACUGCCUCUGCAUCCACACCAAGAAAGGAAGCAACGUCGAGGUCAACGAUGCGUUCAACAACACCCAUGGUCGAAACCACCACGGAAAUUCGAAUGACGACUAAGAGGACAGUUGAUGAUGAACUCAAAGACCUUGAAGAGGAUGAUUGUGACAAUGGUGAAAAUGAAGGUCUUGGAGAUGAUGAUGAUGAUGGUGGUGGUGGAGCUAAUGGUGGUGAUUAA